AUGAGAAGACGUUUCACAAGUCAAAAGAACACAAACGCAAAAGCAGAGAUUACGGUUGGUUAUAACGUAAAUGAUGAUAAAUCACGAAUUAUUCAAAAUGUUAAAGUUAAUGUUAGCCCCGAAUUAACUCGUGACUUACCAAAGAAAGAGGAGGAGCAAAAUAAAGAAGAUGGAGACCCAAUCAUUUUAUCUGAACCCGGUAAAGAACCUGUUGAAAUUCCCACUUAUCCAACAUACCCCCCACCUCUUUCAUCAAACAUCGAGAACCCAGGAAUCUACGAUUCCAGUCGCAAUGCACCAUAUAAAAUAGACAUUAAUUCUGAAUUAAUGAAAAUUUACCGUGAUAUAAUAACUGAUAAUUAUGAUUCAAUAAUAAAUUUAAUUGAUCAAUCCGGUUUAAUUAUUUUACCUUAUGAAUCAUUAAUUCACAUUAUUGCCAUUCUUUGUGAUGUUCAAGAUUCAGACGUUAAGAUUCAAUUUUUCAUAGAUGAUGAGGUUUCAUGCUGCGGAACAGUUGCAAAAAUAAAUCCUAUAAAGGAUAUUAGCACAAUUAAGAUAUCAAAGAACGGAACAACAACUGAACUUCAUUUAACAUAUAAUGAUAUUUAUAAUAAAAUAGUUGAUGAAUAUAAAAUAUCACUUGAAAAAUUCUUUGUUAAGGCCAUUUAA